GGGAGAGGCUCGCAGGGAGUCCACAGACCCACAUGCAUUAACCACCAUCCAGAAGUAGGAAACUGCGUGGAAGGGCGAGUUGGACUCUCUGUCCACAUUUAGUCAUUUAUCUGCCCCUUUGUUUGUUGUAGGCAAGGGAAUCGCGUGUUUUAGUUACUUUGUAACCAGCUGUUGAUUCAAAGUAGCCCACGGGAACAAAGACCCCACAGACACGGGCGAGCAACUGACCUGUUGGACCAAACGCUGCCGGAGAUUCAUUUCCAUAGCAAAUGUGGUUUUAAAAGAGCCCCUGAUAGCUUGAUAUAUCGCCGGGGACACGUGUCAAGAUGGACGUGAGGCUGCUCCUGAUUUCUGUUCUUCUGGGACUCAGCAGGGCUCAAAUAGAUGGUAACGAAUGCACCAAAGCCUCGGCCCAGUCCUGUGGAGAAUGCAUUCAGGCCGGAGAAAAGUGUGGCUGGUGUACAGACGAGAACUUUUUAAAGCAAGGCGAGCAGAAGUCCACAAGGUGUGAUGAGAUUGAAGCUCUGAUUAAGAAGGGCUGUAAUGAGUCCAGUAUAGAAAAUCCUCGGGGAAAUGUUACCGUCAGCAAGAACCAACCUUUAACAGACCGCACAAAGGAUGGAGCACAACUGAAGCCAGACCAGAUCACCCAGAUUCAACCACAGAAACUCACCCUAGACCUCCGAUCAGGUGAAGCUCAGAAGUUCAUUCUGACAUUCAAGAGGGCUGAGGAUUAUCCCAUAGAUCUCUACUACCUGAUGGACCUCAGCUACUCAAUGAAAGAUGAUUUAGAGAACGUCAAAAACCUGGGAACCGACCUGAUGUCUGAAAUGCAAAAGAUCACAUCUGACUUCAGGAUCGGCUUUGGCUCCUUUGUGGAAAAAACUGUCAUGCCAUACAUCAGCACAACGCCAGCCAAGCUGCUAAAUCCCUGCACAUCAGACCAGAACUGCACAAGCCCGUUCAGCUAUAAAAACGUGCUGAGUUUGACUUCCGAUGGAUCUCAGUUUAAUACCCUUGUGAGCAAACAGCAGAUCUCAGGAAACCUGGACUCACCAGAAGGAGGGUUCGACGCCAUCAUGCAAGUGGCUGUCUGUGCGAACCAAAUUGGCUGGAGGAAUGUGACCCGUCUGCUUGUGUUUUCCACGGAUGCUGGAUUCCACUUCGCUGGAGACGGAAAACUGGGCGGCAUCGUGCUUCCUAAUGACGGGAAAUGCCAUCUGCAGGAUAACAUGUACACUAUGAGCCAUUACUAUGACUAUCCUUCGAUCGCACAUCUGGUUCAGAAAUUAAGCGAAAACAACAUUCAGACCAUUUUUGCUGUAACUAAAGAGUUCCAGCCUGUUUACCAGGAGCUGAAAAACCUCAUUCCAAAGUCAGCUGUGGGAACGCUGUCCUCUGACUCCGGAAAUGUGAUCAAACUCAUUAUUGAUGCAUAUAAUUCUCUGUCUUCUGAGAUCAUUCUGGAGAACAGUAGGCUCCCCGAAGGUGUGUCCAUCUCCUACAUCUCCCACUGCAAGCAAGGACAGAACGGGACAGGAGAAAAUGGGAGAAAGUGCUCCAACAUCUCCAUUGGGGAUCAGGUGACGUUUGAGGUAGCGGUCACGGCUAAGGGCUGUCCAUCUAAUGGCAAAUCAGAGACUUUAAAGAUCAAGCCGCUGGGUUUCACUGAGGAGGUGGAGAUCAUCCUCAACUUCAUCUGUGAAUGUGAGUGUCAUAAAGAAGGAAUCCCAAACAGUCCGCAGUGUAGCGACGGCAAUGGCACUCUGGAGUGUGGAGCAUGCAGGUGCAAUGAGGGACGUAUUGGCAGGGUUUGUGAAUGUAGUAAAGAUGAGGUCAGAACAGAAGAUCUGGAUGCAAACUGCCGCAUGGAUAACGGCACAGACAUCUGCAGCAACAAUGGAGACUGCGUUUGUGGAACGUGUGAGUGCAAAAAAAGAGACAACCCAGAGGAGAGAUACAGUGGAAAGUUCUGCGAGUGUGACAACUUCAACUGCGACCGCUCCAACAACAAGCUCUGCGGAGGUCACGGUCGUUGUGAAUGCAGGAAGUGUAUCUGUGACGCUAACUACACAGGAAGUGCUUGUGACUGCUCAUUGGACACCUCAACCUGUCUGGCCAGUAACAAACAGAUCUGUAAUGGUCGGGGCAACUGCGAGUGCGGCAUGUGUAAAUGUAUUGACACAAAGUUUCAGGGUCCAACCUGUGAGAUCUGCCCAACUUGUCCUGGAGUUUGCACUGAACACAAGGAUUGCGUCCAGUGCCGAGCAUUUGGUUCUGGUGAUAAGAAAGACACAUGUGAGAAAGAUUGUAGCUACUUCAAUCUUAUAAUGGUGAAGAAGAAGGACGAACUUCCUCAGCCCAACGACCAGCCCUACAUCAAUCACUGCAAAGAGCGGGAUGCUAACGAUUGUUGGUUCUUCUUCACCUACGCUACCAGGAAUGACAACACCAUUGAGGUCCAUGUGGCAGAGGAACUUGAGUGUCCCUCUGGCCCUGACAUCAUCCCCAUUGUAGCUGGUGUAGUCGCAGGAAUCGUUCUGAUUGGUUUAGCACUUCUGCUCAUCUGGAAGCUGCUCAUGAUUAUUCAUGACCGCAGAGAGUUCGCCAAGUUCGAGAAAGAGAAGAUGAACGCCAAGUGGGAUGCGCAAGAGAACCCAAUAUACAAGAGCCCCAUUAAUAAAUUCCAGAAUCCAAGUUAUGGAAAUAAAGGCGUCACACUCUGAGGUGAGAACCCCAUUUACAAGAGUGCUGUGACGACGGUGGUCAACCCUAAAUAUGAGGGCAAGUAACGGACAAACGUAUCCAUCUUCAAGCAACACUGUAUGCAGAACAAUUCAAGAGGAAUGGAAAAGUUGAAGUUUUUUUUGCGUGUGUGUGUGUGUUUUUAAAUCACCUUUUAGCUGUGCAUUUGCCACUGUUCAGUAUAAUCUAUUAACCUGUGUUUAUGCAUUGUUUUGGAACUGUACAGUAUGUAUAAACUUUUUUUUUAUGCAAUCUUAGACAGUAAUUUCAAUGUUUUGAUUUUUAGCCACAGAUCUGCCUUGUUUUUCUGAAUGUUGAAACUGAUCAUGUUGGGUAGAUGAUGGGUUUUGUAGGUAUGAUGUGGACUAGUAUGCAUGAAGAAUGAAUAUCCACGAUUCACAAGACUAGACACAAUGACCAGCUCGAGUCCAGUAACUAGUUGAUCAUUAGAGCCAGUUUGUGUCUUCUGAUGGUACAGGAAACUUUCUGAACCUGUGGAUGGAGUGUCCUGUCACUGGUGUAGUAGGUAGCUGUAGCGGACCACUGCUGUUUGUACACAUGGUGCUUUUCAUGUAGACGCCUAAGUCGUCUGCAUAAUCCUGGAUGAUUUGAGUCCAGAUUCUAAUGUUUAGGUCUGUGUGACCAUGGAUCUGUGUGCUCAUGUCACCUUUCUUUGGUCUGCGAGUCAGAUGGUUUAGAGUCCUCUUAAUUGAUUUUAAUAAAUCUAAAAUGGACCGGUUUAGUAUCUUUUAAUUAUGUCACAUGCAAAUGUACAUUUGUACAAGUGUUUGUUUUUAAUGACUUGGCAACAUCUGAGUUGUUAAGAGGGACAUUUUCAUCAUUGUCUCUGAAUGGAACAAUCAACGUAAUUAUUAUUAUAAUUGAAAACAUGAGCGUAAACUCGUAUGAAAAGAUCUUCAGGUUUUAGAUUUGUUUGAAGAAUGAGGAAAUCAAAACUCAGGUCCUGAAUUUCUCUCCAUCACUGAUGCCAAAUAUUUACGUCUACUGUGCGAGAACUAUAUUCCAGAUGUGGAUUUCACAUUUGCUUUUGUAAUUUAAUUUGUCCCUUUGUAACAUCAUUGUCCAUAAAUGAGACUAACUGCAUUGUUGGUAAAGAUCAGUGUUAAAGAAAGAGAACUUGUUUUUUCCUUUUAUUUUCACUUUUUUUUUUUUAUCUCUCAAGCUUAAUCAUGUUACAUACACACUUUGCAUUUUAAAGUGCCUUUUUCAUUUUUUUUGCAUCAUGCCCACUCUCUUUUGUUUCUAAGACUUAUUUAUUAAAAUAAACAACCCAAAACACUGGA